UUCCUUAUUUAAUGUGUGUGGAGAAUUAUACAUGUGGUUACAAUAUGGAGCUAUUUCUAUUAUUUGGAACUAUUCUUUGCAGCCAAGUUCUCAGCAUAAACUUGUCGGGGAAUGGCACGUUUGGAGGUUUUACAGUCCAAGAAAACGCAACUCUUGAAUUGACGUGUUCCACCUCUACCGAUGUCCACUAUGUUACCUAUUAUAAAAGAUAUUCGGACAAAAGUCCUUAUACAAUAACUGCAGUUGGCUACGGCUCAUCGACAAAAUGUGGCACGGAUCCCGCACCACCGUCCUACCUCAGCUGCUUAUGUGUCAGUAGAAGGGAAUACGUCUGUGUAAUCGGAACCGUCACCAGAGCCAUGAACGGGGACGUUUGGUUUUGUCUAGCCGAAGGAGGAGAUAUUAGAAACGGAAAUGGGGAUAGAACAAUCGUCGUUACAAUCGGCAUAACAUCGGUGUCUAUGGUAUUCCCGGCGGUCCGCUCCGUCACUGUCAUAGAACACACCGCCCGGCAUUUCCGGUGUGAGACAUCUGCCGGGAACCCCCAGGCCACAGUGAAAUGGUACAAGGAUAACGGUACACCGGACAGAGCGGAUGACAUUGAGAUUACAACCGGGAAAGAGACAGACUUGAGCGCAAGUGGUAAUCUGAUUGUGACUAUCGGUAACCUGACGUUGACUGUGCAGAGAAACGAUCAUGAUGUGGGCGUGUACUGCAGGGCAAAGAACGGCGGGGCUUGGCUGUAUUCCUUCAGUGUGGUUUUAGAUGUUCAAUAUGAGCCCUCAGUUCCGAUAGUAUCCUACAAGGGUUCCGUGGUUACUACUGUACGGGUAAUAUCCGGACGUUCCAUGACGCUUACAUGCAGCAGCACGGGAAACCCGAGCCCUACUUACACCUGGACAUACCCUGAUGGAGGCUCACAAAGUGGCCCCACCUUUACAUUGGUCAGCGUACAGACAACACACGCCGGAGGUGUUACGUGUACAGCAAGGAACACGUUGUCGCCUACUGGGGGUUCAGCGGUUGAUAAAUAUCGAAAAACAACCAUCAAUCUUCAGGUUCUGUAUCCCCCGCGUACACCCUCUUGUACCAUCAGUGGAACUUCUAUCUCGAGCACUGCCAUACUUGUGGAGGGCACAGACCGCAUUAUCAGCUGCACUAGUUACGCCAACCCGCCUCUAGUCACGUACACGUGGUCAACUCCGGAUCGUGAACAAGUGCCGGGAGCCAAUUUGUCCCUCACAAAUGUCAAGCACCCAGCUGACCACGGCCAGUACACCCUUACAGUCACCAAUACAAUGGACCAAACAGGAGUAAAUACGGAAAAGGGAACCAACAACACAUCGUUCUCGGUAGAUAUUCAGUUUGGACCUAAAGUGCAACUUACUCAGACUUAUGACAUUUUGGAGGGCAGUGUCGUAAACUAUUCAUGUUCUUUUAUCCUUGGGAACCCUUCUCAAACAUCCAUUGUCUGGACGAGGUCAAUUGACAGCAGGCAAUGGUACAGACAAUUUCUCAAUAUUACCUCUGUGCAGAAAUCAGACGACGGCAUGUACACAUGCACCGCGACAAACCAGAUGACGCCUACUGGAUCUCCCACCCAGACUGGGAGACAUAGCGGAACCAUGCACCUUAAUGUUCAGUAUAAGUCAAGCGUAACAGAGUUUCGUGUGACUGGAAGCAGACACGAAGCAAACGUAACACAAACAGAGAAAAUCAGUACGACGUUUACCUGCAUGGUGGAUAGCAAUCCUCCAUCAACCAUCAAUAUUAAAAAGGACGGUGAACUGAGAAAAUCCGUCGAUCACUCCAAACAGCUGGAGUACACGAUUACAUAUCUGUCAUGCACGGAUGCUGGGCUUUACACUUGUGACGGUAGCAACCAGUUUAAUUUCGACAAGCCCUCAGCAAAGGAGUUGCAUUUGUUUGUUACAUGUUCACCACGGCGUCCUUCUGGCCAGGAUAUCAAGUUGAACUUUACAGCUCGUUUACAUGAUAAUGUAACACUACAGUACACUGUGGUUGCGUACCCAGUCCCGAUCUCUUCACAGUUCGUCUGGAAAAGAUGUUUUGGCAGAAAUAUUUGCGCACAACUAUCAAAUAUUACCGCAAAGUUUGAAAUUACAAUCCUGGACUUAUCGAGUAACUUGACCAUUGUUAAUACUGAUAAUGAUGAUUUCGGCGUAUACAGUCUUUCAGUUAAAAAUGGAAUUGGCGAGGAACUAGUCGAGGAUAUGUUUCUGCAAUCAGUCGGUCCACCUGAUACUCCAAGCUGGCUAAUAGUGAUUUCAAAUACAGUGACAAGUUCAAGCGCUGUUUUAUCAUGGAUUGCAGGAUCUAAUAAUGGAUCUCCACAAACAUUCCACAUAUCAUAUCGAGUAUUAGAUACUUUGGCGGAUUGGAUGGAUGUUAGUGUUCAACAUAACGGAGAAACUGAGAUGAACGUAACCCUUCAUAGAUUAGAACCAGGGAGAUCUUAUUUUGUCAAAUGUUAUGCUAUGAAUAUAGCAGGUGAUUCUGGGAAACACAUAUUAACAUUCAGCACAUUGAAAGAAGUUGCCGAUGCUAAACCACAAGUCGCUGCAAUAGCUGGUGGUGUUACAGUUGUGGUUAUAACGAUGGUUGUCAUUGUCGUCGUCUUCUGUAUAAUUCGUAAUCAUUAUUCUGUAUCGUGUGCGUUCAAGGUCACUCGUAAAGAAGGUUCACGUUCAAGACCUACCGUACCUUUUGCUGAGAUUUCUGGUGAUAACGAUGCCGUAACUUACGAAACUGUAUCAGCAAAAAACAACACGCCUGUUUACGACAUUUUGAGUGUUGGAAAUGAAGGACCGGAUACCCCACACGUGUACAUGCCGCUAGAUGAGUCCAUGUCAAGUUCCGAUCCAAACAAGGCGAAAUCAAAGACAGAGGUGCCCGUUUACCACAACACGAUGGCGAAAAACCAAGUGCAGACAGUGCUUUAAGUGGGACAUCCGAAUUCCAUGUAUGAUAAGCUCACGAGCUUAUGAGCUAAUAUGAUUAGCUGUUGUUGAUAACUCCGCAAUGUUAUUUGUUGAUUGUAAAAUAUUGAUAUAUAUACUGAUAAGAAAAUGAGAUUAUGCUGCGAAUUGUAUACGAAAUAACUAUCCAUCCUUAAACUGUAAAUCUAUCUUAUAUAAAAGCUAAUAAUAACAUACAACUAGACUCUUAAUUACUAAGAUCUAACGUGCAUGUCCCUUUAGGUUUUUUUCAACUCAUUCCCAGAAAAAAACAUAAUUAUGGAUGAACUUAUUUGUUUACGGAGAAUUCUUCUGACCUGAUCUCCUCUUCAUCGAUAAGCUUUUGAGUGACCUAGAGGCUUCAGAUGAACUAACGCUGAAGUUUAUGAAGAUCGUCACUACCAUUCCAAGAUUAACGCUGGGACGAGUUAUGCCAAUACUGUAAAGAACGCAAAAGUAAAGACGAUGCUGUGCUAAUAAAUUCAACUAUCGUUCAAUCAACAGAAUUGGCAACUCUCUUUUUAGAAUAGGCCUUCAUAAAUCGUUCCGAUAAAACCGUGCUUAAAGCUAGAGAAAUGAAUGAUAUUUGUAUGGUUUGUGCAAUAAACGUGAAUAAAUAUAAUACUUGUGCAGCAUUAUGAAAUUUAUGUUUGUUAUUAAUAUCUCUCUGUAAGGACUAUUACUCGGCGUAUAUUACUCACGUAUAUGACAUGAUGCUACGAUUAAUUAGCUUGUUACAUUAUUUGAAAUCAGCAUUUUAAUUUCAAUGUUUUUUGUUCAUUUUAUUGUUGUCUGACAUUAAUGCUUUAUUAACAGGUACAGGUUACUCUUAAUACUGGUACAUAUUUUGCUUUACAUUAUAAUCAAUAUAAACCACCUUAGAUUACUUGUGUUUCUUUUUCGUCAAGUUAUUGGAACAGGUGCGAUGACUGAAACCUAAUUACUUGUGUUUUGGUAGUGUAAUAAGGACAGUAACUUGGCGUUGGUGUGGUAUUCGCAGUAGGGAGGAUUUGUUUUGCAAAACAAUAAAUUUAUUCUCU